AUGAAUUUCAACAAAGUUGUGAUACAUUAUCUAUUAAUCUUUUUAACAUGUCAAAUAGAAGUUAGUGUCAAAAUUUGUCCUUGCUCCUCAUUACUAUCAGAAGGAGAUUGCGUUUUUAAUAAAGAUUGUUAAUGGGAUAAGAAUAGUCAAUAUUGUACAAAUCGUGUGACUGUGGAAAAUCCAAUUAUUAUUAAAAAAUAUCCAACAUAUUGCGAUCAAUUUGGAUAAAAUGAUUGCUAAAAAACUGCUUGUGCUUGGGAAAAUAAUAAAUGCGUUUUUUUUACAGAUUGUACAGUUUAUGAGAGAAAAACUGAUGAGGAUUGUUAAUUGAUUAAUAAUAGUUGUAUUACAGAUGGAAAUCAUUGUGUAUAAAUAAGUGCUUGUGAUUAAUAUAAAAAUAACGUUCCUGUUAAAAAAAUGAUUUAGGAAAAUUUUGUUUUUGGAAUAAUAUUAAAAAUGAAUGUGUAAUUGCUGAUACAUGUGAUAAAUUACCUACUUCAUUAAGGAGUGAUAAAGAAUGCAGAGACAAUAUUAGAACAUGUACAUCACAGAUAAAUGGAGGUUGUAUUACGAGUGAACUUAAUUGCAUUGAUUAAAAGUUAGAAAGUUAAUGUGUAUGGGAUUUAAAUAAAUCAAUGGCUUGUUUUUGGGAUGGAGGAUUAUGUAAAGAUAAAAUUUGCAGUAAUGCCCCUAUUUCAAUGACAACUGAUAAUGCUUGUAUACAAUUUAGAAAAGAUGGAAGUUGUACAACAAAAGAGAAGGGUGGUUGUGUAAUUAGAACUAGUUGUUCAGCAGCAAAAAUAAAGGAAGCUUGUGUUAAAAAUGCUGAAGGAAUUUCAUGUUUUUGGAAUGGAUAAAAUUGUUUAGAAAAAAUAUGUAAGAAUGCAUCAAAAACAUUAAUGACAAAUUCUGAAUGUGAAGAAUUUUAAGCAGGAUGCAUAACAACUUCAUUAGGAGGAUUUGUUUAAAAUAGAUCUUCUUCAGCAGUUGAUACUUUAAUAGCUUGUUAUAAGAAUUCGAAUGGUUAUACAUGCGCUUGGUUUACAUUUAAAGGAUAAGUAGGUUGUUAUGAGAAAACAUGUGAAAAUGCCCCAACAUCAUUAUUAACUAAUGAGGAAUGUGAAGGUUAUUUAUAAGGGCAUAAUUGUAUUACAUAAACUGGAGGUGGAUGUAUUACUUAAACUAUUUGCGAAGCCAUUAAAAUAGAAGCUGCAUGUAUUUAAGAUAUUUAUGGAGUAUAAUGUAUUUGGGAUUAAAUUUAUCUACAAUGUAAAAGAAAAUCAUGUUGGUAUGCGAUAUAAACAGAUUCAAGUAGUUCAUUAAAUAGAUUACUUUCUGUAAGCCAUACAAUAACAUAAAAUUAUUGUUAACAAUUUUCAGAUACUUGUUUUGCUAAUCCAACAAAUACAGAAUGCAUAGAGAAGAAAUGCGAAGAUUUCCUUCUUUAAACAGAUUGUCUUAUGGAUGUCUUAAGUAAUAUAACAUGUGUUUGGGUUGAAAAAUGUUAUUAAAAGCAAUGUGUCUUUGCUUCAAAGGCAACUACUUAUCAAGAAUGCUAAACAUAUCUAUCAAGUUGUACUUUAAGUAAUUCAGGCCUUGGAUGUGUACCUUUACCAAAUAUUUGUUAAUAAAUAAAAAAUAAAAAUUCGUGUAUAAAAAAAGCUAAUGGAGAACCUUGUGGAUGGAAUGGUUAUUAAUGUAUAGAUAAGAGUUGUUCAACUGCCUCUAAUUUAAUAAAAACAACAUAAGAAUGCUAAUCAUAUUUACCAUAAUGUGUUAUAAACGAUUAAAUUAUAAUGAAUGGAAUUUAAGUAAUUAUGGGAUGCCAAGACUUGCCAAUCAAUUGUAGAUAAAGAAUGACUUUAGAAAACUGCGAAAUAUCCAGAAAGAGUUAUCCAAAAUGUUUAUGGAAUCCUUUAAAGAAUUAAUGUGUUGAAAAAUCUUGUGAAACUGCAUCUAUGAUAGGAAUAAUUAGUUAAAUAACAUAAUUUACAUUUUAAAAUUGUAAAAAUUAUCUUUCUGAUAAUUCUUGUAUUGUAAAUAACAAUUCUGAUGGAUGUAUGUCAAAAUAAUCAAGUUGUAGAGAUUUAGUUUACUAAAAUUGUUAAUUAGGAUCAAAAAGAGAUGGAGAUUGUUAUUGGAAUGGUUUAGAAUGUGUUGAUAGAACAUGUUAAAAUCUUAAAUUCACAACCCAUAAUGAUUGUAAUGGUUAAUAAAUAGAAUGUACUGUAAACAAUUAAAAAACUGGAUGUUAGAGAUUAGCAUUUCAAUGCUCAGAUUAUAGUGACUAUGAAAAUUGUAAAUUAACAUCAAAAAUUAAAUAUUGUAUAUGGACUGGUUCAGUUUGUAGAAGUGCAACUUGUUUUGAUGCUUCUGAUAGUUAAUUGUAUGAUACAGAUGAAGAAUGUUCAAAUUAUUAAAGUAAUGAAAAAUGUACAGUAAUUAGUAAAGUUGGUGGUUAAGGUUGCAUAAACAAAUAAGCUAAUUGUUCAGAUUAUAAGAUCUCAGGAUAAUGUCAUAAAACUAUAUAAAAUUCAACUACAAAAGAUGAUUGUAAAUGGAUUAUAGAUACAUGUUAUUCAAUAUUAUAAUUAAUUUCAUAACCUUGUUCAAUUUUAAAAGGAUCUAAAUAAAUGUGUUAAAAGUUUAAUGAUGGUUGUACAAAUACAGAUUAAGCUGAUUCUUUUACUCCUUGCAUUUUAGAUUGUUAAUUGAAAAUAGGAUAAAAAUUAACUUUUGAAGAUUGUUAAAAAUUAGAUAAAUCAUGUUCUGUGAGAAUAGAUGGAUAUGGAUGUAUUCCUAUAAAACCAACUUGUUAAGAAUAUGGAUCAUAAUCAAUUGGUUGUGUUAGAUCUAGUGCAAUAGGUACGUAAAGUUAUUGUGUAAUGGUAACUGUUAAUCCACCAUAUUGUUAAACUAUAAAAUAGGCUUCUGAAUGUACUUUUGUAAUUUCAUCAUCUAGUUUAGAUCAUGAAAAAUGUUAAGCUUACAGUUCUUUUUGUACAUAUUUAAAUAAUGGUUCUGGAUGUUAAGAAUAUAAAAACACUUGUAAUUUAUAUUCAGGUGAUUUAUAACAUUGUACAAUUUCAAAAUAAGGUAAAUGUUACUUUGAUGGUACAGAAUGUGUUCGUUUUUUGAUGUGUUCUUCUAUAACUGGAAUUGGAAUUACAAAUGAAUUAUGUUCAUCUUAUAAUUAAGGAUGUACUUCAAAUGCUAAUGGAACUGCUUGUUAAUAAAAAUAAGUAAGAUGUGAUUUAUAUUCAACACAAAAUUCAUGUACUUUAAUUUCAACCUCGACAAUAAAAUGUGUUUGGGCUGAAGAUGCUUGUGUAGCUAUAACAACUUCAAUAGUUUAAACUCAUUGUUUAUAUGUUAUUGGAACUUAAUUAACAGAUGCUUUAUGUAGUGUUUAUAAUUUAGAUUGUACAGUUAAUGCUGAUGGAACAGCUUGUUAAAGAAAAUAAGCAACAUGUGACCUCUAUUUUAGUAAAAACUCUUGUACUUUUUCUAAAGCAGCAGGAAGUGCCAGUAAAUGUAUUUGGAAUGCAACAUCAUGUCUUGCUAUUACUAGUUAAAAUAUUGAAACACUUUGUGCUUACAUACCAGGAAAUAAUCUAACUGAUUCUAUUUGUUCUUCUUAUUCAUCAGGAUGUACAAUAAAUAAUUCAGGAUCAGCUUGUUAAUAUAUGCUUAGUGCUUGUGAUAAAUAUUCUAAUGUAACAGCAUGUUCUAAAUCAUCAGCAUAAAAAUGUGUAUGGAAUCCUGAUGCAUCACCUGCAUAAUGUAUUGCAGUUACAGCUGCUACAUAAUGUGUUCUAAUUAUUGCAAAUACAACUUUUAAUGAUAUUGAAUGUUCAUCAUAUAAUACAUUAUGUAUUGCAAAUUCUACAGGAAAAGCUUGUUAAGAAAAAAAAGCAACCUGUAAUAUUUAUACAACAUCUGAAAGUUGCACUACAUCAACAGCUGGUAAAUGCUACUGGAAUAGUACAGUUUGGCCAGAAGUUUGUAUUUAAAUAUCAAAUGCUUCUUCUUUGUGUAUUUCAGUUGUAUAACCAUAUCCUUUAUCAAAGAAUAUAUGUACAACUUUUAAUACAGGUUGUACAGUCAAUUCUUUAAAAACUGGUUGUUAAGAGUUAUAAAAUACAUGUGAUCUAUAUUUAACUCAUACUACAUGCUCUUUCUCUAAAGCUAAAUCUCCAGCUGAUGUAUGUGUUUGGAAUACUGAAUUAUCUCCUGCAGUUUGUAUUGCAAUUACUAAUGCAAAUUAAUGUACAUUAAUAUUAGGUUCUGAUUUAGAUAAUACUCAGUGUUAAGCAUAGUUUACUAGUUGCACAAAUCUAAAAGAUGGUACUGGAUGCUAAGAAAAAAAAUCUUAUUGUAAAAAUUAUUCUACUUAAAAUACUUGUGUAAUGUAAAAUGAUGGCACAUCUUGUCUUUGGUUUGAAAAUUCUUGCUAUUAAAUAAGAACUUUAGGAUGUAGUUCAAUUACUGGAGUUGGUCUUAAUCAUUCUAGUUGUCAAUCAUAUAAUAUAUCUUGUACAUCUAUGGCUGAUGGAAACUCUUGUUAAGAAUUAAAAUCUACCUGUGAAUAAUAUCUAGGAACUAAUUCUUGUACAAAAACUCCUACCUCUAAAUGUUACUAAGAUAAAUAAAAAUGUAUCACUAUUUCUAAUCCUACUACAGAUUGUUCUAAAAUUACAGGAACACAAGGCACUAUAACUUAUUAAUAUUGCUAAUCAUAUAAUAUUGGAUGUAGUGUAAAUAGAUUAAAAAGUGGUUGUAUAUAAUAGUAAUAAUAAUGUUCAGGUUAUAAUAAUAAUAUUGAAAAUUGUUAUUAAUCCAAAAGUGGAUUAUGCAUUUCGAGUUCAACCGCUGAUAAUAGUUGUAUUUCUGUUUCACAGAUAACCAAUUGCGAAAAUUUAUAUUUAGGCGAUGGUAAUUACAAUCAUUAGAAUUGUAAUUAAAUGAAAAAUGAAUGUACAGUAAAUGGAAUAAUAGGAUGUACAAUAAAAACAUGUGGAAAUGCAAUAGGUCCAUUUAAUCAUGAGAAUUGUAAGAAUUGGUUAAAUUCUUGUACUGUUUAUAUUGGAAAGAAUGGAUGUAUUACAAUGAAAUAAAAAUGCAUGGAUUAAUAAGCUGUUUAAUGUUUAAAUUCUUUUGAAGGAGAGUGUGUUGUUGUAGGAUAAUAAUGUCUAAAAAAAACAUGUGAUACAGCAUCAUCAGAUACAACACAUGAUGAUGAUAGUGAAUGUUCAGAAUAUUUGUAAUCUUGUACUGUAGCUAGAAUAGGAGGAUGUUAACCAAGAAGUAAUUGUUCUUCAUAUAUUUCUCAGAGUUAAUGCAAAUUAAAUAGUUCUGGUAAGAAAUGUUUUUGGAAUAAAACAAUUUAAAAUUGUGUUGAUUUGAAAUGUGAAAAUAUUGAAGCAACAGUUUCUUAUGAUUCUCAUGAUGAAUGUUUUGCUGUAGAUUAAUAAUUAACAUGUACAGUAAAAGCAUCUGAAGGUAUUGCUAUUGCUGGUUGUAUAUCUUUAUAAUCAUGUGAUUCUUAUACAAUAGAAGAAUAAUGUGUUACAAAUUAAAAUGGAGAUAUUUGUGUUUGGAAUACUAAUUAAUCUUUAGAAAAACCAUAAUGUUAAGAUAAAUCAUGUACAACUGCACCAUUUUCUUUAUCAACUCAUUAUGAAUGUUAUUCAUAUUAUAAUACACCAACUGUUUAAUGUACAGUAGCAUUAAAUGUUGAGUAAGAUGGAAUAUUGAUAUUAUCUGGAUGUUAAGUAAUAACAUCAUGUUCAUCAUAUACAAAUAUAGAAUAAUGUAAGAUUAAUGAUAAAGGUAAACCAUGUGAAUGGUAAUCAACUUAAUGUUUAGAAAAGUCAUGUGACACAGCACCUUUAACAAAUGAUUAUGAUAGUGAUAAUAAAUGUAAAAAUUAUUUUGGAGAUAAAUGUACAGUUGCUAGUUCUGGAUUAGGAUGCACAACAAUUCCUUAAAAUUGUGAAGAAAUGACUAAAGAAUAAUGUUUUUAUAAUAAUUAAGGUAAUCCUUGUUUUUGGACAGGAAAUUCAUGUAUUACCAAAACAUGUGAUAAUGUACCAGAAUCGAUGUAAACUCCUGAUAAAUGUGAAUCUUAUUUAUCAGAAUGUACAAUAGAUAAUAUUAAAUGUAAAAUAAAAGUAUGUGAACAUUACAAUUUAACAACAGAUUAUGAAUGUACUCAAGUAAAGUCUACUUGUACAACUAAUGGUAAAUUUUGUGUUUAAAGGGGAGCAUGUUUUGAAAGUUCAAGUGAAGCUGGUUGUAAAAUAUCAUCAUAGGGCGAUUAAUGUUAAUGGAUCAAAACAGAAAAAAAUUCUAAUGGUUAUUGUACAAUGAAAUCUUGUUCAACAGCACCUUAUACUUUAAAUACUGAAGAAUAAUGUGCUAAUUAUUAUAAUAAUUGUACUGCUAAAUAUGGUGGAGGAUGUACUAUAAAAUUUUCAUGUUAUGCUGCUUAAAUUAAAACAGCUUGUACUAGAGAUAAUUAGAAUAAAAUAUGUAUUUGGGAUUAAACAGAAAAUAAAUGUAGAUAUUAAGAAUGUAUUGAUAUUAAUGGAACAAGUCAUUUAUAAUGUAAAUUUGAAAAGUUGGGAUGUACUGUUGGAUUUAAUGGAAAAUGCGCAAGAAUUUUAUCAUGUGAAUUAACAACUAUUAGAGAAGCUUGCAUUGAAGGAAUUAAUGGACCAUGUUUAUGGAUUGUAGAUAAAAAUAAUUAAUCUAAAGGAAAAUGUAUUAAAUAUACAUCUUGUUAGAGUGUAUUAUGGUAAACUGAUGAAGAAUGUAAAUUGAUUUAAUGUUCAGAAACUAAUACAAAUGGAGGAUGUGUUACAGGUUUUGAUGGUGUUUGUGCAUAAUCAAAAUUAAAUCAAAAUAAUUUAUAUUCUAAAAUUUGUAGUCUAGAAUCUUCAUUCUCUUGUUAAAUUGUAUCUUAUAUUACACAUACAGAAUGUUAAAAUUAUAGUAUUAAAUGUACAACUAAUGGAACCGGAUGUAUAUCUCUAAUGCCUUGCGCAUUAUAUUAUAGUUAAUCUGGAUGUUUUAUAAAUAAAGCUGGUUAAAUAUUAGAUAAUUCUAAUAAUAUUCUGUCUACUGGUAUUUGUAUAUGGGAAUCUACAAUCUCAGCAUGCAGAGAUCAAAAUUGCUUUGAUUUAAUUGGAAAUAAUCAUUCAAGUUGUUAUGAUUAAUUAUUAAAUUGUACAUCAAAUGGAUCUACUUGUAUACCUAUUGAAUAAUGUACUUAUCAUUAAACUUAAACUGCUUGUAUAGUUGCUAAAAGUUUAGAUGAUCCAUGUUUCUGGGAAUAAGAUUCAAAUUUAUGUAGACCACUCAUUUGUCCAGAUAUUAAAAAUGUAUCUAUAACUAGCAAUUGCUAACUUAUUUUACCAUCUUGUGUUUCUGAUGGAAUUAAUUGUGUUCCCAAAUCUAAUUGUUCAGAAUACAAAACAAAAACAUCUUGUUAUUCUUAUGGAUUAGAUGGGCCAUGUGUAUUUUAUAAUAAUUAAUAUUGUAAACAGAUAACUGAAUGUAUAGUUGCUUAGUAUUAUUAAGCUUGUGAAUAAGUUUAAAAUGUAUGUUAUUGGGUGCCUUAAUCUGAUUAGGUUUAUCCAUCAAACUUUUGUAAACCUCAUACUUGUGAAACUUAUUAUGCUACAUUUAGAGUCUGUAAUUUCUUCUUUAAAUUUAAUUAUUAAACUAAAAUAAUUUGCUAAUUCAAAAAUAAUCAAUGUAAUGAAGCAGAUCCUUUGACAUUUCUUGAAAAUGAUUGUUAUAAAGGAACUGGCUAUAGUUAUACUUGGAAUUUUAGAACGAAUAGAUGUUAAUCUUGUUUUGCAAAAACAAUACCAAAAACUAAUGAAAGUAAUAAAAGUAAUGAAACUAAUACUACUAAUGCUACAACUGACAAAGCGUAUCUUUUGGCAAUGGUGCUUGCAUUUUAAAAUCUAUUUUUUGCAUGA